ACGUGAAGAGAAUUCAAUUGUUCGGGUCGGAGACUGGAACAUAAAAAAGGGAUUGACACAUUUGAAACUGAAGCGAAACAAUUAGAACAAGGACACUUCAGAAGUAAUCAGAGAGGUUUCUCUGACUAGACUCAUAAUGAGUAAGGUGAACGCGAAUUUUAAGAUUGAAGGCAUUGUGGCCGCUCCUGCGACACCACUCAAAGACAAUGGUGAUUUAGACCUGGAGCGUGUCAAGGACUACGUGGAUUUUUUGGUUGCUAACAGUAUCACUGGAGUCUUUAUCCUAGGAACACUAGGAGAAGGCAUGUCUUUGACAGUGAGCGAAAGAAAACAAGUGACACAGGCCUGGGUCAAAUAUGGCAUUGACAGGUUACAAGUGAUAGCACACAUUGGAGCUGGGAAUCUGAGGGACUCAAUUGAUCUGAGUAGACACGCCCAGCAAGUUGGUGUGACAGCACUAGCCUGCAUGUCUCCAUCCUACUUCCGCCCAGCCAAUGAAGCUAUAAUGGUCGACUAUCUCGAGCAAGUAGCCGCUGCAGCACCAGACACACCAUUUUAUUACUACUGCAUUAACUUCAUGACCGGCGUCAACUUAAACACCGCUAAAAUACUCGAACUAGCGGAUGGGAGAAUUCCACAUUUACGAGGCGUCAAAAUGUCCUCUAGAGAACUUCCGUCACUGUUGGAUUGCACAAGUGUUUGUGGCGGAAAAUUUGACGUCAUGAUUGGUUCUGACGAGCAACUGUUGACCUCCGUUGUACUGGGUGUACGAACUCCAAUAGUCAGCAGUUACAUGGGAAACAUAGUUCAAAGACUGCGGGAAGCAUUUGAUGUUGGAGACUGGGAAACAGCUAGAACUGAACAGACUUUGGCCAGGAAGAUCAUGUUGAUUAGCCAUAAAUAUGGGACAAGUCCUGCCUUUGGGAAGGCCGUGAUGAAAUGUCUAGGUCUUCCACUUGGACCUGUUCGUCUGCCUGUAGUCGACCUGACACCUGAAUUAGUCGAAAAUUUAAAGAAUGAUCUGGCUGAGUGUGAUUUAUCAAUUAAAUGGAGUUAAAAAUCCAUCAUAUGUAUACAAGAGAGGCUUCCAUAUAAGAUUUACCGUAUUUAUUCCGGACUGUGGCGGGGACAGCGCCUUAUUUAUAGACAGUUGGAUUCCAUUUCCAUCAAAAUAUCUCUUGUACAUAAUGUUAUUUGACUUCAUGUGCAUAAUUUAAGACAUUUAUAUCUAAAUGAAUUACAAAUCUUCUGUGUUAAACAGACCAAAUAAAUUAAAUUACACAUU